AUGAGUGACACCACGAUUUCAAAGAAGAACUCGGUGUACUCACAGGACAUCGAGCACCUUAACUUCUCUAAAACCGAAUCAAACCAGACACCAUACCCCAAUAAACAUGAACUUUCCGAAGGAUCCAAAUGGUCUCGUUUUAGAGACUCUUUCAAGCCAGCGCAGGUAUCGUAUGAACUUGAUAGCGAAGGCAAUCAAGUUAUACAAACACAAGGUGCCUUGAAAAGAGAUUUACAAUCAAGACAUUUACAAAUGAUUGCUAUUGGUGGAUCCAUUGGUACUGGGCUCCUUAUUGGGCUGGGUGGAUCAUUAGCUACAGGAGGUCCAGCUUCCUUAUUAAUUGCUUGGGGUCUUGUGGGUACUAUGGUUUUUUGCACAGUCCACAAUCUAGGUGAACUUUGUAUUGAGUAUCCUGUCAAUGGUGCUUUUUCUGCUUAUGCUACGAGAUUUGUGGACCCAUCUUGGGGUUUUGCUGUUGGCUGGAAUUAUGCCUUAAUGUGGUUGAUUGUCCUUCCUUUGGAGUUAGUUGCUGCCGCCUUAUGUAUCAAAUAUUGGAACUCAGAUAUAAAUCCAGUGGCUUGGGUCGGAAUAUUCUACAUUGCAAUCGUUAUUAUUAAUGUGUUUGGAGUAAGAGGUUAUGGUGAAGCCGAAGUCAUUUUAGUAUCUGUCAAGGUGAUGGCCAUUGUCGGUUUCAUUAUUCUUGGUGUUGUCCUUGUAUGUGGUGGUGGACCAACAGGUGAAUUCAUUGGAAACAGAUACUGGAAAAAUCCUGGUGCUUUCAAUCAUGGUUUUAAAGGGGUUUGCUCAGUUUUUGUUACCGCCUCUUACUCUUUAGCCGGUACUGAGAUGGUAGGUUUGGCAGCUGCCGAAACUAGAAAUCCAAAAACCACAUUGCCAAAAGCCGUGAAGCAAGUGUUUUGGAGGAUCAUCUUUUUCUAUAUUCUUUCCCUUACAUUUAUUGGAUUACUAGUACCAUAUGACUCACCGGAACUUUUGGGAAACUCUGGAUCUUCAGCUUCCCCAUUUGUUAUAGCCAUCAAAAGUGGAGGUAUCAAAGUAUUGCCAUCGAUUUUUAAUGCUUGUAUUUUGAUUUCCAUUACCUCUGUAGGAAAUGGUGCUGUUUACGGUUGUUCUAGAACAUUACAAAGUCUUGCAGAACAAAGUCUUGCUCCAAAAUACUUAGGAUACAUUGAUUCUAAAGGUAGACCAUUGGGGGCUUUGCUUACAUCAUUAGGAUUCGGCUUGUUAUGUUUCCUUUCGGCUUUGAGCAAUGUAAGUGAAGUCUUCAAUUGGAUGUUGAGUGUUUCUGGUCUUGCUACUAUUUUCUCCUGGUUCAGUAUAAACUUAGCUCAUUGGAGAUUUAGAGGUGCUUGGAAACAAAGAGGCAGGACUCUUGACCAGUUACAUUUCACAAGUUUAACAGGUAUUGGAGGUUCCAUAUACUCAAUGGCUUUUUUGACAUUGGUUUUAGGAGUUCAAUUUUGGAUAGCUUUAAUUCCUGUUGGGAGUUCGAAGCCUAAUGCAAAAAAUUUCUUCCAGAACUAUUUAGGAGUGUUGGUGAUUAUUGUUUUCUACAUUGGUCAUAAGACAGUGACAAAGAAUUGGAAAAUGAUUAUUUCAUUGGAAGAUAUAGACAUCGACACUGGUAGAAGAUUCAACAAUGCAGAACUAAUGAAGUUGGAGAAAGAAAGCGAGGAGGAGGUUGUGGUUGGCGAGGGCAGACUACGUAAGUUCCAGAAUAUCUGGAGACUCAUCUCCAAGUAA